AUGAAUGUCGUGGUGGAGAUAAGAAGCCUAGACCUGGCCGCAACUCCAGAAGACCUAGCCGCUGCAAUAUCUUCUAGAACAACGAACGCCCUGACGACGGAGAACAUAAAGACGAUCAAACCCGGUUAUGGGGGAAAAGCAACAGCAGUGGUCCUGCUCCCAGCUAGAAUAGCCAACGAAUUAGCUAGAGGACCGAGGCUGCGUAUUGGCUGGGCAUCAUGUUCAAUUAGAAUACGCUUUCCUAUGAACAGAGGCACUCUUUGUCUGGACUUCGGGCACAGGAAGAAUGCAUGUACCGGACCCGACUACAGAAAUCUGCCUCAACUGCUGGAGACCUGGACAUACUAA